AUGACAUUCGAGAACGAAAGGGCAGAUCUCGAACAGGGACAUCAGUUGCAGGACUUAGGUCCCACGUCGGAUUAUCAUCCGCUCCAGUACCACCCUAACAGCGAACAAGAAGAGGCCGCUCAACACCUGCUCAAUGACUCACUUAUCCCUACCAACGACUACUCACGACGUCAGAGCGCGACCCCAUCAUCAGUGUAUAGCCUUACGGAAACCUACAGUGCAAUACAUCCCCCGACCACCGCAGCGCCGGCUUAUGACAAUUGCGAACAGAACAGAGCUUACGACGCUGGUAGCUAUGUACAAUCCGAAGACGACUGGGUUCAAAGGCAACAGAAUCCGCCCACCAUGCCUGUUGGUAUUGGCGUGAAACGUUCGAAGACACGUAAAGUCAAGUUGAUUCAAGGCUCUGUUCUUAGCAUCGACUAUCCUGUCCCCAGCGCGGUUCAAAAUGCCAUCGAACCUCGCUAUCGUAACGCUGAAGGAGCGUACGAAGAGGAGUUUACACAGAUGCGGUAUACUGCAGCAACUGUAGAUCCAGACGCAUUCACGCUGUCCAAUGGGUAUAACCUACGCCCAAGAAUGUACAAUCGCCACACGGAGCUACUCAUCGCAAUCACGUACUACAAUGAAGAUAAGGGGCUGCUUGCUAGAACACUUCAUGGAACUAUGAAGAAUAUCCGGGAUAUUGCCAACCUGAAGAAGUCAAAAUUCUGGGAUGUCGGCGGUCCUGCUUGGCAAAAGAUUGUCGUUUGUCUAGUCUUCGACGGCAUCGACAACGUGGAUCAGGAAGUCUUCGACGUUCUCGCAACCGUCGGAAUUUAUCAGGAUGGAGUGCUGAAAAAGGACGUCAACGGUAAACCCACAGUUGCGCACAUCUUCGAAUACACAAGUCAAAUAUCCGUCACUCCUGACCAACAGCUCGUUCGACCUGCCAACGAUGGGGGCACUGCAAAUCUACCGCCUGUACAAUUUAUCUUUUGUCUUAAGCAAAACAACAGCAAGAAGAUCAAUUCCCAUCGCUGGCUCUUCAAUGCCUUUGGCCGUAUACUGAAUCCAGAGGUUACGAUCCUCAUCGACGCCGGCACCAAACCAGGACCACGCUCACUUCUUUCGCUGUGGGAAGCCUUCUACAACGACAAGGACCUUGGAGGCGCCUGCGGUGAGAUUCAUGCCAUGUUGGAGGGCGGUAAGGCGUUGCUAAAUCCGCUCGUCGCGAUCCAGAACUUCGAGUACAAGAUUUCCAAUAUCCUUGACAAGCCUCUGGAGAGCUCCUUUGGCUAUGUUAGUGUGCUUCCAGGCGCAUUCUCAGCAUAUCGCUUCCGGGCUAUAAUGGGUCGCCCACUAGAACAAUAUUUUCAUGGUGAUCACACGCUCUCGAAAAAGCUGGGCAAGAAAGGCAUUGACGGCAUGAAUAUAUUCAAGAAGAACAUGUUUUUGGCAGAAGAUCGCAUCCUAUGCUUCGAGUUGGUCGCAAAAGCAGGGUCGAAGUGGCAUCUCUCGUAUGUUAAAGCAUCCAAAGGCGAAACCGACGUCCCGAACUCAGCAGCUGAGUUUAUUGGCCAACGUCGGCGAUGGCUCAAUGGAUCGUUUGCUGCAUCCCUCUACGCUAUCAUGCAUUUUGGGCGGCUCUAUGGCUCAGGGCAUGGGAUUAUUCGUCUCUUUUUCCUUCACAUCCAGCUGGUCUACAACAUUGCCCAGACCAUCUUCACUUGGUUCUCUCUCGCAUCAUACUACCUUACCACCGUCAUCAUCAUGAACCUCGUCGGCACACCCGAGCCUUUGCUUGAUUAUCACGGCUGGCCAUUUGGCGACAAGGUAACGCCGAUCUUUAACCACAUCAUAGGAUAUAUCUAUGUGGCUUUCCUCAUCUUGCAAUUCAUUCUUGCGCUGGGUAACAGACCGAAAGGAUCUCGCCAUAGCUACAUGGCCUCGUUCAUUGUUUUCGGCGUCAUCCAAGGCUACAUCCUCAUCCUGACCAUUUAUCUGGUCUAUCGCGCCUUCAGCUCAAAGCCAAUCGGCGAACAAAUAUCCUUUGAUUCAGGCAAGGCAUUCUUCGAAAGCUUCUUCGGUGGCAGCACAGGCGUUGCGGGGUUGAUCCUCCUCGCACUAAUAACCAUCUACGGUUUGAACUUCCUCGCGUCCUUUAUCUAUCUCGACCCUUGGCACAUGUUUCAUUCGUUUCCACAGUACUUGUUUCUCAUGUCGACUUACAUCAAUGUACUGAUGGUGUAUGCGUUCAACAAUUGGCAUGACGUUUCCUGGGGUACAAAAGGUUCCGAUAAAGGUGACUCGUUGCCAAGUGCAAACAUUAUCAAAGGCAAAGGCGACGUCAUGGUUGAAGAAGUGGAGCAGGAGCAAGAAGAUAUCGACAGUCGCUUCGAGAAAGUUGUUCAUAGGGCACUUGCACCGAUGGCAAAGACGGGUGACGAUAAGCCAGCGAAGAAGGAUACCGAUGAUUCCUACCGGUCGUUCCGUACUGGCUUGGUCUACUCGUGGCUGCUGUCGAAUCUCGCACUCUGUGUCGUAGUCACGAGUGACGAUUUUGCCACUAUUGGCGUUGGUGAAGCCUCACAAACCCGUACACCGAUAUACUUCCGCAUUCUAUUGUACGCCACUGCGAUACUUUCUAUCAUCAGAUUCAUUGGCUUUUUGUGGUUCAUCGGACGGACGAGUAUCAUCUGCUGCAUAGCUAAAAGGUAG